GCCUGUAGGCGGACCAGCGCGAGGCUGGGCAGCGGCAGGCAGCAUCGUCCAAGCCGACAUCAGAUGCAGACAACAACAGUGUCAGAUCGAGAGGGAGUCGCAUUUGUGUUCUCCGCUGGCGAUGGAUGUCAAUUAAAGGGUGGAAACAACAGCGUGCCGCAGUAUACCUCUAAGUUUCAGCCCCAUGAAGGAGCUCCGUCCCGGCUGAGUUCGGGAGAUGGGAGUACUCAACAUUGCAGACCAGCCUCCUCUGGUCCAGGCCAUCUUCAACCGUAAUGCUGACGAAGUACAACUAUUAUUGCACAAAAAGGAGGAUGUCAAUGCACUGGACCAAGAGCGCCGUACGCCUCUUCAUGCCGCUGCAUGCAUGGGUGAUGUUCAUAUCAUGGACCUCCUCAUUGAAUCAGGUGCCAAUGUGAACGCGAAAGACCAUGUAUGGCUCACCCCCUUGCACAGGGCAGCUGCUUCCAGGAACGAAAGGGCAGUGGGUCUGCUGCUGAGGCGCGGUGCUGAUGCCAACGCCCGAGACAAGUUCUGGCAAACGGCGCUGCACGUGGCGGCCGCCAACCGGGCCACGCGAUGCGCCGAGGCCUUGCUGAGCCAGCUGAGCAACCUGAACAUGGCGGAUCGCACCGGCAGAACUGCACUGCACCAUGCCGCUCAGAGUGGAUUCCAGGAGAUGGUGAAGCUGCUGUUGAAUAAGGGAGCCAACCUGAGUGCCAUCGAUAAGAAGGAGCGACAGCCCAUCCACUCUGCUUCUUACUUGGGCCAUGUGGAAGUUGUGAAGCUGCUGGUGUCGCGUGGGGCAGACAAGAGCAGCAAGGAAAAGCAGGGCUACACGCCUCUUCAUGCUGCCGCCGCGAGUGGCUACAUUGAAAUUGUAAAAUACCUGCUGAGGAUGGGGGCAGAGAUUGACGAGCCCAACGCAUUUGGGAACACGGCGCUCCACAUGGCGUGCUAUAUGGGGCAGGAGGCGGUGGCCACCGAGUUGGUCAACCACGGGGCCAAUGUGAAUCAGCCCAACAGGUGUGGCUACACACCUCUGCACCUGGCCGCUGUCUCCACUAAUGGCGCCCUCUGUCUGGAGUUGUUGGUCAACAACGGGGCAGAUGUCAACCAGCAAAGCAAAGAAGGGAAGAGUCCCCUGCACAUGGCAGCCAUUCAUGGACGUUUCACCCGCUCUCAGAUCCUCAUCCAGAAUGGUGGCGAAAUCGAUUGUGUGGAUAGAUAUGGCAAUACUCCUCUCCAUGUCGCUGCUAAGUUUGGCCACGAACUGCUGAUCAGCACUCUCAUGACCAACGGAGCAGACACGGCCAGACGUGGGAUCCAUGGAAUGUUCGCCUUGCACUUAGCUGUGCUUUACGGGUUUUCAGACUGUUGUCGCAAGUUACUCUCCUCAGGUCAGCUGUACAGCAUCGUCUCCUCCAUGAGUAAGGAACACGUGCUGUCGGCAGGGUUUGACAUUAACACCCCUGACAACUUUGGGAGGACCUGUCUACACGCUGCUGCCUCUGGAGGAAAUGUUGAAUGUCUGAACUUGCUCUUAAGUAGUGGCACGGACUUGAACAGGAGGGACCUAAUGGGAAGGACACCAUUACACUAUGCGGCUGCUAAUGGGAGGUAUCAGUGCACUGUGACCCUGGUGAGCGCUGGUGCUGAGAUCAAUGAGCCUGACCAAACAGGCUGCACCCCACUGCACUACUCUGCAGCCUCGCAAGCCUUCAGCAGAGGUGAUGGACAUUUUUAUGGAAAUCAUCAGCAUGAUGAAGAAGAGGUGAAGGAGUCAUACUUUUGCUUGGAGCAUCUUCUGGAUAAUGGUGCUGAUCCCUCGAUGGUCAACGCUAAGGGUUACAGCGCUGUCCACUAUGCAGCUUAUCAUGGCAACACACAGAACCUGGAACUGCUUCUGGAGAUGUCUUUUAAUGCACUUGGCGACAUAGAGAGCAGCAUUCCUGUUAGCCCCCUGCAUCUUGCUGCUGACAGGGGACACUGGCAGGCGCUGCGUGUGCUGACUGAGACGGCUGCCUAUGUGGAUAUGCAAGAUGCUGCUGGCCGCUCUGUGCUCUACCUGGCUGCCCAGAAAGGCUACGCCCACUGCGUGGAGGUGCUCUUGGCCCAGGGAGCAUCAUGUCUCCUUAACGACAACCGCCUCAUUUGGACCCCGAUUCAUGUUGCAGCUGCUCACGGUCACUCCGAUUGCCUGCACAAGAUGAUCGAAUGUGGGGAGGAGGGCGACCUCAUCAACGUUGCGGACAAGUUUGGCCAGACACCUCUAAUGCUCGCCGUUCUCGGGGGUCACACUGACUGUGUACGCUUCCUAUUGGCAAAGGAGGCCGUUCCAGAUGCCAAGGAUAAGAGAGGCAGCACGGCAUUGCACAGAGGGGCGUUGCUGGGCCACGAUUUGUGUGUGGCAACCCUGCUGGAGCACAAAGCUUCUGCGCUGUGUCGGGACUCCCUCGGUCGGACUCCGCUGCACUACGCUGCCUCCAGGGGCCACACUGAGAUCUUGGCCAAUUUGUUGCAGGCCGCCACAGCGGCAACUGAGCUGCAAGACAAACUGCUGGACAACAAACAAUACACCCCGCUCCAUUGGGCUGCGUACAAAGGGCAUGAAGACUGUUUGGAGGUUUUACUUGAAUUCAAAACAUUUAUUCAUGAAGAGGGGAACCCUUUCACUCCACUGCACUGUGCUCUGAUGAAUGGCCACAGCGGUGCUGCAGAACGCCUUCUUGAAUGUGCCGGGGUCCACAUGAUAAACACCAGAGAUGCCAAAGGAAGGACCCCACUGCAUGCUGCUGCUUUUGCCGAGGAUGUCGCAGGACUCCAGCUGGUUCUUCGUCAUGGAACUGAGAUAAAUGCGGUGGACAGCUCUGGACGUUCUGCCCUUAUGGUGGCUGCUGAUAAAGGACACAGUGGAACAGUGGCCAUCCUCCUUCACCGGACAAAGGCGGACCUCACACUGCUGGAUGAGAAUAGGAACACUGCCCUGCACCUGGCCUGCAGCAAGGCUCAUGAAAUGUGCGCCCUGCUAAUUCUGGGAGAAAUCCACAGUCCCACUCUUGUAAACGCUACCAACAGUGCUCUGCAAAUGCCCCUCCAUCUCGCCGCUCGUAAUGGCCUGGCCACUGUGGUGCAGGCGCUGCUGAGCAGAGGAGCCACUGUUCUGGCUGUGGAUGAGGAAGGCCACACCCCAGCUCUGGCGUGCGCGCCCAACAAAGACGUGGCUGACUGCCUGGCUCUGAUCCUCUCUACCAUGAAGCCUUUCCCCAAACUUGACCCAUCCUCUUGCUCGUGCUCCUCCCCUGGCAUCUCCCCUUCGCCAGGCCUCAACUUGCUCAAGCACUGCGGCAUCACGGCCGCCUGCGCCCCCCUGCCGAGCAACGGCCUCCACAAUGGCUACGUCAAAGACCGCCACGGCGCACCAGUUGGCCUGGACGGCUGUCUGUCCGAGUGAGGGGUGACUCCGCCAGGCUCGGUCAUGCUGCUGUCACCGUCAUCUACCACCAGGCGGGGUCUCCCUUUACCAUGGCCAAGAGGACCAGGAGAGCACCCGCCUACAUAUCUAUUCUGUGUAUGUAUGUCCGUAUGUGUCUGUGUGUGCGUGAGUGUUUGAUCUUCUCUUGAGGUGCAGUCAAACCUAAUAUGCAAUUAGAACCCCAUUCCUCCAUCCCAGAGUAGUGCUUACUACAUAGAGGCUUGUUGCUCUACAAGGCCAUGCCGAUCAAGUGUGACGUCCGAACCAAUGUAAUCUGGCCACACGAAAGUCAUUUGAACCCUUUAAAAGCAUCAGCUAUGCUGUGUAACCGGAACCGGUCUCACCGUCAUAUCGUUGAGUGAAGUCAUAUCACUUUGGUGACCUUGUAGAGGAACUUUCAGCCGUCCCAAAAGAAUGAUCAAAGAGUUUCCUUUCAAAAUGUUGAUUUUGUUUUGUUUUGUUUUGUUUUAAGUGUACCUUAGCCUAGAUUGAAAUUUUUAUUUUAAUGAAGGAACCACACAAGGGAGAAAAAAAAAAUCAAAUUCGCUGAAAAGUGCAAUGCUUGUGUACUACAAUACAAUCCGGAAAGGGUCACAAAGAUUCUGUGGUGUACUUUUAAAUGGCUCCUAACUUUUUUGGCAUUGGAAAAUAAUUGACGCUGCUGAAUAUAUGAAGGCGCCUCCUUGCAAAGGAGCACCGCGCCGUCAUCGGCCCUGAAUGCCGAUGCUGAUAUUUUCAAGAUGCUAACUAAGUGUUUGUUAGGCUAGAAUGUUUCUAAGCAUAUGUUAUGACCAAAGUUGAUCAACACUACUAUGGCUAUAAAAUUAUUUAUUUGAGAUGAACUGUACUGUACAGAGAGAGAGAGAGACAAUAGAUCUUGAUAUACCUCGUCAACUCGUUUAGCAGCUGCUUCAUCUUCACCCAAGGUCUGUCGGCCUGACGUUCGUUUUUAUUUUUAUUUUUUAAGGUCGGGAGAACUACCGUAGGAUGUAGUGAAGUGACCAAGGCCUUGUUGAUUUCUUAGAUGAAGGCUUUCCAAGGAAUAUCUGCCAACAACACCUCAUCAGAGCAUCAUAUAUCUGAGCACAUAAAUGAACAAGCCAUUUCAAUUUCGUUCCCAUCUCUUGAACAGUGUUUGUGCAAAGAUUUCGGAGUUAGCGUGGCCUAAGCGAUAGUUCAGUGUGGCGUUUAGGCCUUUUUUUUUGUGUGUUUGUGUGUGCGUGUGUGUGUGUCCAUCAAUGUUGAAGGAUUAUUUGUUGAGCUCGUCUUAAUAGCUUCUUUCUCUUGGUGGUCGUCAAUUUGAAGCAUAUUGUCGGCUUAUUUCACUGCCUCCAUCGUCGUCGUUGUUGUUAUUAUUAUUAUUAUUAUCUGGCAACUUAUGAGCAAUAGUUUUCUUUUGGCCUUUUUUGUUUGUUUUAUUGAAUAGACAAUCACUGUCACAAGGGCUUUUGUUUCCCUGGAAUGUGUUUGGUUUUCCUUUUGGUCUUAACUCUGUGACAGAUGACCUGAAGACUAAACGAAUGGCUCUGUGUGUUUUGGGCAUUUUAAACCGUCUGUGUCAACACAAAUGCACUGGAUUGCCUUUGACGGCGUCUCAUCAAAUGCCUUUUUCGACCCAUGCCUUCCGUCAUUUCAGUUGGACUGCAAAGUGGCAAAAGUAUUAGGAGCAACUCGCGUUCAUCCCGUUUGAUACCACGAACCACAGUCGGUCGAUGACAAUAUUUAAUCACAAAGCAAAACAAAAAAAAUGCCCCUAAAAAGGGAGAGCGAUAUUUGCUUUGGCCGAUAUGUUUUGUCUAUUAGGGAUGGCAUUUGACUUAAAUUUCCUUUUUCCGCUCUGGGAGAAAAUCAAGGUUAAAUAAUAGAUGUCUUUUCAAAUAACAUUCAAGAGGUGACAGGAGAUUCUUCCGGCAUGUUCUGAACUCCCGUGACUGUGUAGCGUAAUUUGUCGUAGCUGGUGUUAUGCUCUUUAGAGAGCAGCACUAGUUGAGACUGAAUGAACAGCGCCUCUCGGUUUCCACCCACGAGUGCAUGGCGUUGAACCUUAAGUGUUUCUAGAGUUGUUUAAUCGGCAAUCAAUUCCACACAAUUGUCCCCAGUGCUGAUUUCAGGAAUAGCAGAAAUCCAAAUACGUACUUUUUGGUGUGUUUAUUUUUUUUAAUUGUUUGAUUUUGUUUUUUGGGGGUCUCUUCAUCCCAUUUCUGGUACUAAACAUACUAAAUGCAUACUAAAGAUGAUUGUAUUGCAGCUGUUAGGAGCGCAUUUUCUUUCAAUUUGUCGUCAUUUGCUUCAUCUGCUGGUCGUGAUAACUUUAUACAGUAUCCACUGCUAGUCAGGUGGCACAAUUGUAAACAUUAGGUAACCAGAUGGGUGAUGAGGACUGAGACUUGUUUGACUCACCCCCGCCCACCCCCAGACCCCUCCUUACUUACGAUUGAUUACAAUUGACACAGACUCCGGUCCAGAGGAGUCAUUGCUGUUUAGCUGUUGCUGUUGAGAUAAAAUUCACCUUUUAUUAUUCUCUUGGGUUAUGAAUAUAUUGGUGCAUCAUUUGUUUGCGAUCUCAGGAUCUGAGCUUGAAACAGCAAGCAAAAUUAAUGAACCCAUCACAAUUCAGCAGGAUAACUAGUAUUAGUUUUUUUUGGUGGUGGUGUUGUUGUUUUUUUUUUAAUGGAUGGGAUGGUCCAUGAAAUUUGAUUCCCUUUUUAACCUUAAUCCCACAGCACUUAAUUAGUCAAGCACGCACUUUCGUACAUUCAGGUUCUAAGUGUGCAAAAUGGAGCAGCUGUAAUGUAUGUACUUACUGUAUGUUUACAUGCAUGUGUGUUGCUGCUGAAUUACAGGAAUGGUCGGCUAGUUGUUGACUUAGUGCAUUGCAUUGAUUAGCAAAUAGUGUCCCCGAUCAUUCGAGGCACUGUGCACUGCCCACUGGCUUUUCAAUCUUUGUGUGUGUGUGUGUGUGUACGUGUGCGCGUGCGUGUGUAAGAGAGAGGGAAUUCUCCUAGUGUCUGCACCUUCUUCCCCCAUCUGCAGGCCCGAGACAUUUGGAGUAAAGUGUGCCAAUACGACACACACCAUGAGCGGCCUCCUUAAAAACACCACACAAGCUGGCUAUUUGGAAGUGCUUGUCCGUUCUGGCAGGGAUGAUCCCCACCCCCCACCCCUCUAAUGAUGUCUAAAUGUGACCAGUAAACAGAGUUGCCUCCCUGCAAGUAUACAAUCUUUUUGUUUGGGAGCUAGUGUUCUUGUACAUGAUUUAUGGAUGUGUUUGUGUGCGUUUGUGUGUGUCAGUCAGUAAUAAUAAGUGCAUGUUGAUUUAGAAAACAAAAAAUAGCUGGUUGGUCCAAUAGUAGCAAUAGUGUGAGUGUGUGAUUGAGUGCAGCACAAACAUUGCCAUCCGCUUCGGCCAAGUCAUAGUUGCCAGUGCUAAGACUUAAAAUACAUUUAUGUGGGUUUCAGUGCAUUCCCAACAAUUGCCAAAACCUGCAUAAUGAGGAUGGGGAAGCCUGCCACGACAGCACCAAUUGAUUUAUGCAUUUAUUCAGGCCGUUUACAGUCUGACCAUUCAAUCUGAGCCAUGACUGAUGAUGGAUGUCAGGUUUGGGGUUUUUCCCCUCAAGCGGGAGGACUGGAAGUAGUGGGAAAUGCCUGGUAGCAUGUACUGUAAACCUCUUGUUUUAGAGUGUGUGUUGUGAUCUACCGUGCACUGAGGAGCUAGCUGCAUUGAAGUCAUUUAUUGCUUCCAUUGAAUUUUAGUGCAGCCAACAAUGGAUACGUGGGACAAUUUGACAUUGGUUUAAUAGAGAAUGCCUUAUCAAGCGGGACAAAAAGAAAACAAUACAAAGAAAGGUCUACAAUAGAAUACGGUCUCUAUAUUUGACAAAAAUGCACCUAAGGAACACCCAUUUAGUGCCAUUGAAACCUUUAUUUGCCUUCUGAUGUAACUCAUAUUGGUCAGUAACGUAUUCCUAAUAGGCAGGAUUAUCAUAAUUAUAGCGUUCGGACUUGCAUGUCUUUAUACCAUCUCAGACUACAGUAAAAUAAAUAUUUGGAUACUUUCGCCACAAAUAGUCUGUCAGUAGGGUUUUAUAAUUGGGCACCAUAAUUUUGAUAUGAGCAGAGCAAUCCCAUGGUUGUUUGUUUAGCAAGGUGAGUGCGCGCGCGCGUGUGUGUGUUGUGUUUCCGAAUUUAUUUGUUGAUGUCAUAACAAUUUGGAGGGGGGGUGUUUUUUUUUCAGAAUUAGUUUACCUCUACGGAUGUGUCGGUUCUUACUUGAAACAUUGCUGAUCUAUAACGACAACAGGAAAAAAACGGCAAAUUUCGAUUCAACUGAUCCAUUGUUGAGCCUUUUGCCCUAAAAAGCAUUAAAAAAAUUAAUAUAAAUAAUUUUUUUGGUCCCUGGAAAUACCUGACACAUUGCAUCGCCUCUAUGUGGUCACAACCGACGAGACCGCUAAAAAAAAAAAAAGGGCAACGUUGGUCUUUAGGUGUCAAGAAGCACACAGAUUUGUCACGGUAGCACAUAUCUGAAGGUUGCCACGGCAAAGAGAUUGUCCCGACAGGAGGAUAACGCCAUAUUUGCCACUGUGAAUGAAUUGAGAAAGACUUUACUUGGAAACAAUCAACCUAGGCUUGUCCGUUACGGCCACGGGGGCUUCGAAGUGGUGCUCCUCACAUUAUUCAUUCAGAAAGAAAAUAUAGUAAUAAAGUAAUGACUAUUUUAGAUUAGAAGAAAAAAAGUGCAGCUCCACGAAGGAGUCCAUCUCUCCAUGAGUUGUGUAAUUCUGCUUAAACCAGCCUAAAUGGGAAAUGUACUGUAUAUUAGCGGAAUUGUCACUAGCUUGCGUUUUCUACCUUUACCAAGUCGCUCCCUGCUGCACCUUGUCGUACUUUUUAUUGGACCUGCAGUUUUACCUCAUCCUGUGUAUGACGAAGCUUGCUAUAACUAUAACCUUUUGCGACCCCCCUCUCCCCCAUCUUUUUUUUUUUUAAAGAAAGGAUAAAAAGUCAAGAAUGUUUUUUGCCAUGACAGUCACCAUUCAUUUACUGGUGCAUGUCAUACAAGAUAAUAGGUGUUGUCUCACUGUAGGAAGGCAGCUGUUUGAUUUUACCAAUUUCUCUCCCAUGCCUUGAAGACUUGGUCAUUAGCCAUGACUCCACAUUCCUUUCCCCUCCAUAUCAGUAGGACCUGUGUACUAUCAAGCACAGUGAUGGCACGGUGCCUUUUAUUUGUUACUACCGAAAGGUACGGUCUUCCAUUUGUAUUUCCCGGAAGCCUUAUACGAUGGGGAAAAUGAUAUUUCGAUCAGCAUCCAGCCCCUCACAAUUUAUCCUCUGCGAUCGGAUUCUUUUGGUUUUGGUUAUUCGGUGAUGAGGGUGGGGUCAAUUGCACAUUUGGGACAGUUUUUCGGGCACAUCCAGCAUGUGAAUGGAUUGGGAUCAAACGAUAUGAAAGCACAAAUCCAAAGAAGGCACCACAAAGCUCUGUUCACACUCCCAAAACCUUGUAUGAGGGAGACCUCAAGGACAUAUUUUGGUACAGAUGAGGUUUGACUAUUGGAUGCAGUAUUACCCCACCGGCCUUUACCACCUUGACACCGGGCUUGUAGCAAAACAGAUACCUUCGGGAAGGGGAAAAAAAUGCCCUCUUGAUAAAAUGACCUUCCAAAAUUAAACGAUAGCAUCACCCGCACCCUUCAGUGUGUUUGUUACGCUGAUGCUCGAUCACAUUGAGCAGUCGGACGACCACCCGACAAAUCGGUGCAUCCCAAGCUUGACUGUCAGUCACACAAACUGUAGAAAGACAACCGUGUGGAUUCUCUGAGCUGCUUCAGGGCCUCCUCAAACUCUUCGGUAUCCUUUGACGAUUGUGCGGCUUCGCGACACAAAGCAGAGUCACGUCAUUUGUUGUGUUUGCGAACCGAUUGUUGAUUUGUCAUUUAGGCUAGGGCGAGUACAAGUAGGGUUGCAGUAGUAGCCAGUGUGCAGUGUUAAUAGCUGUGUGAAUCGUACUCUAGAAGUGACGUAACGUGUCGUCUUAACUGAGGCAUGAAUCUUCUUCAACUGACCUCGUUUGGAAAUAGACAAAAGAUCAAAGUGCAAUAACCUUUUGUUUAUCGUUGCUUCCUCUGUGGAUUUAUUUAAUAUGCUUUUAAGUUGAACACCAAAAGUCACUUCGGCUGUAGCAAAUAAAGGAUUUCCUCUUGUUUGUGUUCAGAGCGGUGGCGUUUGACUGUGGAGUGUGUAUGUGCUAUUUCGUUCUGAAAACGUUGAUCCAGCUUUGACGCGCCGCCUGCUUGGAGGAAGCACCUUGUACAAGUUGGCUGGUAAACGGGAUGGGGAGGCGUGCGUGCGCGCGCGUGUCCUCAUGGUAGACACUAUUGUACUUUGGAAUCUUUUAUUCCUCCACUUCUCGUUUCUAGCUGGUAGACAUGUUCCUUUGCAUGUGUAAAUGUAUAUGCAUCUUCCUCCUUGAAUGAAACAUUUCUGCCCCCUCCCAAAAAAAACGAAAAAAAAGAUGUUCGGUCCUGCUGUCUGUGAUAUAUGCGGAUAAAAGGAGUAUUGAAAAUGCCUUAUUUGUGUUAAUGUUGAGCAUUAAGAGUUCUUGCGUGUUCCUCCCUUUUCAGCGUGUAGCCUAAAGCUUGUACAGUCCAACUCUUGAGAUUUCUAUCUACUGUAUAGCCUACUGUAAGUGUUUCCACACUUUUAUUACCUAGAGUUGAUUGUCCUUUUUUAAUUUUUUUUUUUCUCCCGAGAAACAUUCCCCUCGAAAGUGCCGUUUGUUUUCACCAGCAGAGGAGCAGUGUCUUUUGGGGGAAGUGAAGAAGGAACACUUUGCUUGCGUUCAUUGUUGAACUUACAAUGAAAACUUAGGCUGGAUUUACACUGCAUAGUGUGUGUCACACAAUUACAAUUUAUUUUUUAAAUGUAUGACUACUUUGAAUGUGUCUUGGCAAUGCAAAUUAAAAAAAAAAUCACCAUGGAAUCGAAUCUCCUGAGAUCAGAUACGGGCAUUUAACUCAAUUUCCUUGAUUGACAAUGGGGGAAAAAUAGCAAUUCAUUCAUUGCUAUUCAUCCAUCCAUACAUUUUCUAUGCCACUUAAUCCUCAUGAGGGUCAUGGGCGAGCUGAAGUCCCAGCUGACGUCACCCUUGGACUCGUUGCCAGCCAAUCACCGAGCACAUAUAGAAACCAACCAUUGACCACUCCCAUUCGCAUUCCCACCUUCAUUCAGGAUUAUUGUUAAUUCAUGCAUGUUCUGAGCUACUGUUUGAUGCCUUUGCUCUAUUGAGCCGAGUAAAGCUGCCCAGAGGAGUUAUGUGGAUGUAGCUCAACAUCCCAUAGCUAAUGUGAUCAUCUUCUUCUCCAGGCAACAAACUAUAGUUGAGUGAAUCAACGUCUGCUGUUUGCAGCCAAGUGGUGCAUUCUGUUUUGCCCGCAAAUACAUCCCGAAACAUGAAAUCAACGAUUAGUUCCGCACGGGCACCACGUUGUGCCCCUCACCAAUUCUCAUCCAAAUCUUAUUUGAUAUGAAUGGGAUAUCUGCCAAUAAUUAAGAGUUGAUCAGAUCAAAUCAAACCAAGCAGUGUCCAAGUAUGCCAAUUAACACAACCACGGCAAAUCACAUUUACAGUGAAAUCUCAAAAGUGCACUGGAUACAAGUAUACAUUGGCAUUGACCCUUUGCAAUGUAAAUCCAGCCUGAUAGAAAUAAGGCCGCGAGGAUUAUUUUUGUGUUUUUAAUUUUUUUUCUUCAACCUUUUUACUGCGUGAUGGAAGUCCUCACCGUGCUUGAUUCCUCUCUAAAGCAGAGCCAUAAUGGAGAAGUUGUCCCUUAGGAGCCCCCCUUGAAUGUGUAACGAGGAAUAGCCUACUGUAGGAAAGGAUGUAUACUUGCAUGUCCUGUGACAUUUUCGAAGCGAUUGUCCGUCGUUGUUUUGUUUAGUCACUGUAGUAGAUGUUGCCACCUCAUUGAUGCUCACGAGCUAUUAACAAUCCUCACAACUGGACUUGAAGCAGGCGCCGAUCGGCUGCUCAGGCAGCCUUAAGUCGAAGACGAACCAGGUCGAAGAUAGGUUGCCUGUUUUUACCUUGGAGUGGCUUAUCUGGGGACAGACAAGGGAGCCCUUAUCAGGAGUGGAAGGACUCUGAAUCAGGGCAAUGUGAUGAGUUACAAUCAGCUAAUUUCACAGUGCACCUUCGCAUUGAAGAAUUGUACCCAAAAGAAAAGUUGGCGCAUUCACCCAACAUUCCAAAGUGGAACUCCAUAUUCCGCGGUCCUGUCUGUCUGAAGAGGCUUGUUGUUUUGCUUUACGGGUGAAUGAAGUGGGCUCGUGCGCGCCCGUGUGCUUGUGUGCCUGCGUCAAUGACAGGGUUCCCUAGAUUACCUCAUUUACAAAAUCUGCAAAUCUACUUUGUUCUACUGUGCGCUAAAGGAGUCAAUGCCAUCACCAGCAGCAAGGCCUGUGAUGACAAACAGGACCCAACCGAUGAGUUGAAAUUAAGAGAAUUAGAAACGGAGAGACUCGUAAAGACGAGCUUUGGUAUGGUUUGUGUUUCUUUGGAGGCUGAGUGAAUUGGCACAGCAGCUCGUCGAGUCCAGCGCUUGCAGAAUUUUUUUGAGAACCCAAAUGUUAAGCGGGGGGGACAUCCCCGAUAGUUGUUGAGGGUCUGUACCUGAUUGAACAUUUUUUUUACUCUCCCCACACCCCACCACCGUCGUUCGGAACGAGUCUUUACUCUCACUUUUCAACUGUCAGUUGACAAAUUCAGACAGUGGUCAAAAGUACGCAGGACAAAAGCUGCUGCAGCACUGCUGUUCUUAGAAAACAUAUCGAAUGUAACAAUGAUUGGGGGGGGGGGGUCCUUUCCUGAUGUUGGCGAGCAAAACGUUGUGGAGUUACGUCAGUUAAACCCAUCAGUUAUAUAUAUUAUUUGAAUUAAGAUCACAGUAAUUAUUUGGGUGUGUUGUUCUUCAGUCAAUACAAAAAAAACCCAAAAAUUCAAAUUCAUGCUUUACAUUGGGUCGCAAAGAUAUAAUCUGUUUUAUGAGGAAGCAGUUUAUUUGCAUUGAUUUAGCUUUGAUGUACUUGAAACUAGCGCACUUCAGAUUCGACCGGCCCAUAGUGUCAACGUUUUUUUUCCGAACUUGACAGCUGAACCGACUCUUCGAGACGAGCUGCCGUACUACAAGUCCACUCGCCACCUAGUGGAUUGAAGCGAACCGCGGCGUUUGCAAUACUUGCUGUUCUCCGUAGCAUUUCUCCUACCUCCUUGUUUUUGCAGCUUUGACUAUGGUUUUGUCUCUCCACUUUGUUCCGACUAGAAGAGCUCGCCGGUAUGGGAAUAAAAUCCGAUUUUUAUCCUAAGCAAUGGUAGUUUCAAAGAAUUGUGUGCUUGUUUGUGUUUGUACGUCGAGGGGAAUUAUGAGAAGCAUUUAUACGACUAAACACCACUGGAAUGUGAAGCCAGACAAUGUUACGAUGCAGAUUAUGAUGAUAGUCCCCUUUAACAUUUAAGUAGCGCACAGCUGAGUCAUCCUGUCGAAAAUCGGUAACCACAUAUUGGCUUUUAUUUACCCCGCAAUCACUUUUUUUUUUUUGUCUCUGGCUGUAACUGUAACUUCGUUCUGGAACAGUGUUGAUUUCCCGGCACAGUGGAAGAGGGUGGAUUUGUGAUUCGGCGCCAAAGGCGACACCUUGAGCGCCCUCUGUGCCGUUUGCCUUUUGAAUCCAUCCGCCCACUCUGCGGUCUGAUAGAAACCAUAUUGUGCUCAGUAGGUGUCCUGUCCUGCCCAGUUCCAACACACUGCGUUCGGUUUGAUGGCGAGGCGGACAGGACAAGGUUUGAGGUUCAAAUUCCACCCUUCCAACCUAAUGCAUCUGCUCCCGUUGUAGGACAGGACCAAUCCGCCCCCAUCUGCCCCCCCACUCUCACCCACCCCGCUGCCUCACCUAACCCCUCAACCAGUUCAUAUUUUACUCUCUUUAGUUUAUUCGACAAUGCAAUCCUGAAAGCACUUUGCCUUGUUAUUCCUUUGUGUGAACAUCUGAAUGAUGAUUUGUUACAAAAAGAAAAUGUUAAAUAUGUAAAUUAUCAUUCACUGUUUUGGAAAAACCUGCAUUUGUCUUUCUGACAUUAAAAGAAAAAAAACAAUUUAGUGACAUUCAAACCUAUGAAUCUAUUUUAUAAAAUGUUUGCUGCAGCCAAUUGGUCUUGUCAUUCAGUAUUGUGGCUUAGGGUUGUUUGUGUUGAAUAAAGUGAUAUUGCUAAAUAUUUA